AUGGAUCUUCUCAGGCAAUCCUACACCCACGGUAGCUCUCCUCUACCACUAAACGCAACAGCGACUCCAUAUCAUGUCUAUCUGUUCGGGGGCAAUAUCUCAAAAUCGCUCUCACCCUUGUUACACUCAAUUCUAUUUCGCACCAACUCAGCCACAUGGUCAUUUCACCUCACUGAGACCACCGACAGCGAGAUAUUCCGAAAGCAAUUGCAAGACAACACGUGCAUUGGGACCACAAUCACGAUGCCAAACAAGGUGUCUUUUGGCCUUCUACUCGACGGUUUAACCGAAGAGGCCCGCAUGAUUGGUGCUGUAAAUACCUCAUUUAUCCGACUCGAUGAAAAUGGACAGAGAAGACAUAUCGGUACAAACACAGAUUGCAUCGGUAUUCGUGAUUCCAUUCUUUACCGCAUGCCGCACGCCGCUACCGCGGCUAAAGGUCGGCCUUCUAUGGUUAUUGGCGGUGGAGGCGCUGCCAGAAGUGCGAUCUUCGCUCUCUGGAGGUGGUUUGGGUCCACAGAGAUCUACAUUGCGAAUCGUUUGAAAGCAGAAGUAGACGCAUUGGUAACCUUCUUCCAAUCCACCGCACCGGAGAUCACACUCAAGUAUCUUGCUACUGUGGAGGAAGCUGCAACAUGUGAGACUCCGCAUAUAGUUGUUGGAACCAUUCCAAACAACAUACCUCGGGAAUCAGGUGAAAUCACUUGUCGCAAAAUCUGCGAUACCAUUUUGCGCAGGGAGGACAAAGGCAUCGUGCUGGAUAUGUGCUAUCUGCCAUCUCCGGUGACAUAUUUGUAUACAAACGGGAAGGGUAAUGGGUGGACAGUUAUUCCAGGGACUGAGGUUCUAGUACGUGUUUGUAUAGCACAACAGAUUCUGUGGUUGGAGAAGGAUGUCAAUCAACAGGGAGUGGAUGAUGCGAUGUCGGCUAUUUGGAAAGCUGUAAACCAGGGACAGAGCGGUGCAAAGGCUUCGAAAAUUUAA